AUGAACGUAGAUGAGGGCAUACCUGCUCCGAAACAGGAUGUGCUGCCAUAUGAUCCAGUCGGCCCUGUAGUCGUCGGCUCGAACAAGAAUGGCGUUACCAACGACGACAGAUAUCUCGACCAAGAACUCGCUUAUGGAAAUACAAUAUUUACCUUCGCCCGUCAAGCUCUACGACUCGCGGAACUAGAAGAAGAUGAGGAAGGCAGGAGGCAGGAAUCAGAAAGUGAAAAGACUGGCUCCCUGGACUCAAACUCCACUGGCCGAAGGCAUCCCACACUCAACUCGCUCAAGGACAAGAUCCCAGAUGACUUCGAAGCUCGACGAAAGGCUAGUUUCGUAUCUACAAAGUCUGCACUUGGACGUAGAGCACUUGACUCUCUGGCUCGUGGCUCAACUACGUUAAGCUUGAUGCCGGUUCGUCGCAACACGAUCCUGGAUAAGCCUACAACAGAAGCUCCUCUGAGUGAUGAUGAAGGAGAGGGAGAUGAUAGUAGUGUUGAAGACUUGGAAGCCGAUAAUAAUGUCGUGUCUGAGCGAAUCAAGGUGGCUUUUGAUCUGCCUGUACUUGAGGCAUUCAAAGGAGAAUUCGCUUGUUGGUUGAGCAGAUCCGUAUUAUUGAAAGGCUAUAUGUUCAUCACAACGGGCCAUAUGUGCUUUUACACGAGUCUACCCAGAGAUCAAUCGGUGGUCAGAAAGAGCGGAUACUUGUCAAAGCGUUCUCUAUCUGCUCCAACAUACUACACUUACUGGUUUGUGCUCAAGGAAGAUGUUCUGACAUUCUAUGCUAACUCGACAGAUAUAUAUUUCCCAUUCGGCUCCAUUGACAUGAAAAAAGUCAUUGAUAUCACUACAUCAGCGUCCAGGAAGAAUGGUUUCAAAAUUGAAACACCGGCUCGUAAAUACCAUCUUACCGCUGAUACGGACAUUGCUGUGCAGGAAUGGAUUCAUGCUCUUCAAGCCAGCAUGUUUAGAGCGAAAAAUGAAGCCGAUGAUGUCCGAAUUGUCUUGCCAUUUGCCAAUAUUACUGAUAUGCAAUUGAACACUACUUCCGCUGGAGUGGAUUCUAUUCGAAUUCGAGUCUCCGAUGACGAUGUCGCUGAAGAGGCGUAUUACUUUACCUUCUUCAACGACAUCCGAUUCGCCUAUGAUACAUUGCACACAAUAUGGCAAGAAGUACAUAGGGAGAUCAAAACAAUACGUGGUAAAGCAAAACCUGUCUCUACUAUGUAUGACUCGACUGCAUCAUCAUCGCUACCACCGAAACCAGAAUCGCCCACACGAGACUUGAGGCCUCCCACUCCAUCAUCCGCAUUAUCCCAAUCAUCACCACGUCCUAAAUCUUCCAAUCCAUUCGUCGCUUUGUCGGCUGCAUUACCACCAUCAGCAAUAACCAAUGGUAGUUUGUCCCCAUCUAAUGUAUUAGGAAAAAUUCCACGAGUCUUCCAUCGUCGCUCUCAAAGUGAUAUGCAUGCCAGCAAAACUAACAGUGAGGCCUCGGCCGCAGCAGAUCUCUUCAAUAAUGUUCAAUCAGUCACAUCGCCCUCAGCAGACUCUGUAAUGUCUUCAUCCACAUCACCUUCUCUAUCUUCGUCGCCUGACCGUGAACGCCCAAACCCUCUAGGAUCGCAAACGUCAUUACCUCUAGUAUCUGUAGAUUCACCUCCUCCCGGCACUGAACGUCCACCCAGUCCACAGAAACAUGGAAGUUCAAGCUCUUGGGGUUCUUGGGCAACGCCAUUUAGUGCAGGUCAUAGAAAAACACCGUCUGAUGUGGGUCUUCAAUAUUUAUCAGACUAUUCUCGUGAUUUUGGAUUGACUGAUAAGCGACGAGAAGAGUUUGUGAGGACUUUUGGAUUACCAGAGUCUGAGGAGCUACAUGGAACCGCUCUUUGCUAUUUUGAACGUAUCAUACCUCGCCUUGGACGAAUGUUUAUCUCCGAACUGCAUUUAUGCUUCAACUCGAAUAUUAUUGGACCCAAGAUGAUGAUUCCGCUCUCUGAUGUUGUAACUGUCAAGAAGGAGAAGGCACGAAUGAGUGGUCUUUUAUAUCACUCUAUUCUCGUCAAGACGAAAGAUCAGCAAGAGUUUAUAUUCGCCUUCCAUUCCUCGGAAUCUUGUGACCUCAUCUGUCAAGUACUCAAUCCUAAAAUAGUUGGUCAUGUCGCCGCCAUUGAACCUGAGAUGCGUACCGCAGAGAGGAGGAAGAGUGUUGAGCUUAUACGUAAACAAGUCUCGGUACUCAAGGAUUUACAGCAUGAUGAACAUUCAAAAUCAAGUCUCACUGAUGAGGAGCUGAAUGCUCUUCCACCAGUAAUUACCGAAGUUGCCAGGGAAAGUCCCAAACCAAUGCAUAUCACAUGUCUCACCAUUGGUACUCGAGGGGAUGUGCAGCCUUACAUUGCUCUUGCUAAAAGGUUGAAGGGGGAUGGUCAUACCGUUAGGAUUGCUACACAUCUCGAAUACAAGGGAUGGAUUGAAGAUCACGGUUUAGAGUUUGGAGAAGUCAAAGGAGAUCCAGCUGCUCUCAUUGCCUUGUGUGUGGACAACGGAAUGUUUUCUGUUUCUUUCAUGCGAGAAGGCUUGUCGCAUUUUAGAGGCUGGUUUGACGAGUUAUUGAUAUCAGGCUAUGAAGCAUGUGCUGGUACAGAGCUCAUUAUACAGUCACCAACUGCAUUCUCUGGAUUACAUAUCGCCGAAGCUAUGCAAAUCCCAUACUUUUCUGCCUUCCCAAUGCCUUGGACCAAGACUCGUGCCUACCCACAUCCAUUCUCUGUACCCGAAAUACAUAUGGGAGGUUCAUACAACUAUAUGACGUAUUCUGCAAUUGAUACUGUCAUGUGGAUGUUUAUGCAGUAUCAAGUCAAUGCUUGGAGGAAGAAGACUUUAGAUAGGCCACCUGUGGGCUCCUUGGACUUGAGUGAAUUUCCCUUCUUGUACAGCUUCAGUCCAUCGGUAGUGCCUCAUCCUCCAGAUUGGCCCGACACAACUCACAUUUGUGGUUAUUGGUUCUUGGACAAUCCCGACUUGACUUGGAAAGCACCCCAAGAUUUACUAGACUUUUUGCAAGGCGACACUAAGCCUGUGUACAUUGGAUUUGGGUCUAUUGUUGUUCCUGAUCCAGAUGAGAUGACCACUAUAAUCAUUGAAGCAGUCAAGAAGAGUGGUGUCAAAGCGAUAUUAUCAAAAGGAUGGUCGGCACGACCUGUUGAAGGCAAAGUAGGAUCACCAACCAAAGGUGGAGAAGAAGUGUAUCCCGAUUGUAUCUAUCCCGUGUCAUCUGUACCUCAUGACUGGUUGUUUCCUCAGUUGGCUGGAGUUGUGCAUCAUGGUGGUGCAGGCACCGCAGCUGCUGGCCUGAGAGCAGGAGUACCUACCCUUAUUAAGCCAUUCUUCGGAGACCAGUUCUUCUGGGCUGACCGUCUCACAGAGCUUGGUGUCGGAGUUUCGAUUCGCAAACUCACAGUCGACAAGUUGGCCGAAGCUCUCAUCACCAUUACUACGGAUACCAAGAUGGCUGAAAAGGCCAAAGUGCUUGGUGCCAAAAUCCGACGGGAAGAUGGUGUUGGACGAGCAGUAGAAUACAUAUAUCGAGAUCUAGAAUUGUCACGACGAAGAAUCAUAAAGUUGCAUGCUGAUGUUGGUCAUCCAUCCGUAUCCAACAAUACGACACGACCAUCAACUCCCAUAGAAGGCAGGCCAUUAUCUCCAGCAAAUGGAUCUAGUGAAGCUCUCCCGUAUGUUGCUUCGCCACCAUCCAAACGACGUAGUGAAGAUGGUAGUAUGCCGUAUAGUAAUGGACGAGGUGCUACCGUGCUCCCACGCAACAUGGACCGAUCCACCAAGAGUCGACCCAGCUCGUGGCAUACACUACCAUUACCGCCAGCUUAG